GGUUAAUAAAGUGUUUGGGAAUCUAGUAUUAAAUGUUUUGGUAUCCCAAUAUUUUGUGCAACCAACGUUAGUUUCAAGUAUUCCUACUAACGGUAACCGGGCAGAGAAUAAUUUGGCCAUACACAUACACGAAUCGCCGCCGCCUGCGGCUGCCACCUCCUCUCAUAAAUCAUCCGUCAACCGCCUAAAAACCCUCCCCCGCACCCCAUUCUUCAAUAGAAAUCCUCCACGCUCCAAUCAUCAAAACCCACGCGCCGCCCCAAAGCAACACUCCCCCCGCCCCCACCACCUAAAACAUCAGUGACACAUCGCAGCUCACCACUAUCUCCCCACAACCUUUUGUCGUCACUUGUAAUUAUCACCACUGUUAUCCACCCAAAUCCCCCCUGAAAAAAGGAGAUCUGAAGAUUUAACAAUCGGAUUUUAAACCCCAGAAACCCAAAUUAUUAAAAAGUUCGAGACUUUAUUUAUGAAUCGAACUCACCUGAAGCAGACCAACCAUAGAUGGGAGGAGUAACUUCAUCAAUCGCAGCUAAGUUCGCCUUCUUCCCACCUACUCCGCCGUCUUACACGGUGGAAGCCGACGAGUCCUGCGGCGGCCAACUCUUUAUUCCGGAGGUUCCUAGGAAGGAAGGCGUCGACGUGCUAAAGCUUCGAACUAAAAAAGGCAACGAAAUCGUUACUGUACAUAUUAAACACCCAAAAGCUUCUGCUACACUUCUUUAUUCUCAUGGUAAUGCUGCCGAUUUGGGUCAGAUGUUCGAGCUUUUUGUCGAAUUGAGCCUCCGUCUUCGUGUUAAUCUUGUUGGCUACGACUACUCCGGAUAUGGGCAAUCAACCGGAAAGCCAUCCGAAUGUAAUACAUAUGCGGACAUUGAUGCGGUAUAUAAAUGUCUAAAGGAAAAAUACGAAGUCAAAGAUGAUCAACUAAUUUUAUAUGGUCAAUCUGUUGGUAGUGGGCCCACCAUUGACCUUGGAUCACGAAUACCCGAUUUAAGAGGUUUGGUUCUACAUAGUCCAAUCCUUUCGGGCCUAAGGGUUUUGUAUCCUGUCAAACGAACCUAUUGGUUUGACAUUUAUAAGAAUAUUGAGAAGAUAAGUUUAGUGAGUUGCCCGGUUCUUGUCAUACAUGGAACAUCGGAUGAAGUUGUGGAUCAUUCACAUGGGAAACAACUAUGGGAGCUUUGCAAGAACAAAUAUGAACCAUUAUGGCUAACCGGUGGAGGCCAUUGUAACCUUGAGUUCUAUCCCGAGUUCAUACGCCACUUAAAAAAGUUCGUUUUGGCCCUUGGAAAAUCGAAAACUUCCAUUAAUGGCACAAAACCCUCAAUAAUACCGGAUGUUGAGAAUCAAAAGAAAGUGUCCGAAAGUGGCUCCACGGUUUCUGGAGAUACGUUUGAGUUGCGUGCUAACCUUCCGGAAGUUUCUAGAAAUAGUUUAGAUAGUAGACUCGAGAAGUCGAAGAAGCCAACAAACAAGCCGGAAAAGUCUCGAAUGAGUGUUGACAUGUUUAGAAGACGAAAAGGGUUGGUUUGGUGAUUACUUGUUGAGCAAGUUUCGUGUAAGAAAGGUAACUUGUUGCUCAAGCUUUUCGUCUUUUUUUUUCUUGAUGUUUUGUAUUGUUUUGUUAUGAAAAAUGAGUGUUAUUGUUAUUACCAGUCCUUUGUAUCAUUGUAUGUUAUAUUGAGCAUAGGUCACAAGGUAUCCACUUCUUGAUUUUAAUUAUCUUUUUUUCGCCCUUUUUUCGUCAUGUAAAAUGAACAAAUAUAUCGGAAUAUGAAUUGGUGUGAGUUCAA